GUAGCAAUUUUGGCUCAAACCAGCAGGCUCGGUGCGAGACAUACCGACGGUCACUGGUAGCGGCCAUUUGCGGGACGGCCAUGACCUUGGAGGACACCGCGGAGCUUCUCAGGAAGACGAGUCGGCCCCGGACUGCUCGGCAGGCGAGGUAAGGGCGAGGUGGCAGCAGCAACGAAUCGCAGCUGUCGCCGGCGCGAGUACGCUCGUCGUCCUCGUCGUCAUUGUCUCUUGUGCACGCUCGCAGCACGAAGGACUGCGGUAGAGGUUGUCGUGUGAUUUCGAUGGAGAGAGGGGAUGCGAGCUGUUCUGGGACCUUCGAAGCUGAACAUGCCACAUAUGCUGGUGGAUCGGUACAGAGCGAUCUUGCUGGCUAUUCUGGCACUGGGUAUGUCGAUAUGCUACCUGGGCUCGAUAACAUAAGCUUCAUCGAAUGGGCAAUUGAAUCUUGCGUAGCUGGGGUUCAUGAGCUCAAGGUUACGUAUAGUUCGCCGUCAGCGGGUCGCUUCUUGCAGCUCAUGGUGAAUUCAACGGUGGAAGUCGAUUCCUGGAGUUUCCCUGCUACGGGGUCGUGGAGUACGUGGGAGACUGCCGCACACGAUGUCAUGUUAUCGGUGGGGUCAAAUACGAUCAGGAUCUCAGCAAUAAUUUCUAGUAAUCUCAGUGUCGAUAAUUUGGAAAUCACGCAUAAACAAACAUAAUUGUUCGACAAUUCAGCGGUGCAUAUCGAUAGCAUCACCUUGCCCCCCGAGACGGUGUCCUCGCUGGAGUCGGUACUACGGUUCGCACGCGGUACUGGUUUCGGGCUCCUCAAUUUCACCAGAUGCGCCUUGGUGGGCAGCUCGAGCCUCAUGGUGGGCUCUGGCGCCAGGGCGCAGAUCGACGCCUACGACACGGUCAUCCGCCUCAACCGCAUGCCUUCAGCUUCGGUGGCGAGCGACUUCGGCACCAAGACCGACGUGUUCUUCAUGAACCACCCUGCCUCCAGAUUUGAGGCCGUGGAGAUGCUCCAGAGGGAAGGAAUGAAGCCGAGGAGAACCAGCUGCCGGGAUAUGGACAACUGCAAGGCUGCGGCCAUAUUGCAGAGGGGCGACAACCACUGCAGCCCGCAGAAGAUGGCAAGUCAGUACUGGGGCUGGGACCACUCCAUGAUCGGCUGCGUCCGCCCCAACGUCAGCCUCACCGCCUAUGGCUUCAAGCACCUCGAAGGCUUCCAGUCGUCCACUGGCUUCCAGGCGUUCCUGGCCUUCCUGCCGCUCUGCCAGGAGCUGGACCUCUUCGGCUUCGGAGGCAACGCCGCCGCCGACGGCCACUUCGAGUGGUCGGGCCACAACCUCCACGAGGAGCACCGCAUCCAGGACGCGGUCGCGGCCAGGGAGUGGUCGAGGCUCGAGUGGUCGGAGCACGCCGACCGCCUCCGGGACGCGGUCGCGGCCAAGGCGUGGGGCGCCGCGGGGGCGCGCGGCGACGAUCCCUGGCCCUGGAUGCAGGCGCGCGCGGCGAGGGUUCGGAAGUUCCGGUAGCGGGCGGAGUCCGCCGGCAGCGGGCGCGAGAGCCCGGGGCUGCGUGCGGCGGCCGUUCGAUGGCGGCGGCCGCCUCGGCGCUCGCGCCGCGCUUGACCAUCCCUCGUUUUGACAGCGGGCGGCGACGACGGGCGGCGACGGGCGGCGGCCAGCCGGGUCCAGUUCCAUAGGAGAUUGGUCAGGUACCCUGGAGGCAGGCUUUUGUGUUCUGGGACAGUGCGAGCCCCUCACCCUCCAGGGCCUGGCAGGGCCCCCUUAGAGUCGAGCGCUGCAGGCUCUCACCUGGACCCUCCCGCUCCCUCGCGCUCUCGGCCGCGCUCGCUCGUGCGUGCCCCUCGGUGGCUGCCAGGCCGGUCCAGCCUCGCCCCAGGCCCUGCUGUUGCCUCUCUGGGGGCUGGCCUGUCCUCCUCCUCCUCCUCCUCCUCCUCCUCCUCCUCCACCUCCUCCUCCUCCUCCUCCUCCUCCU